UGGUCCAGGGCUCAGUUCCCUGUGUGACGUCUGUUCUGCUGCUUGAGACUGCGGAGAAGUGCAUCCAUUCGUGCAUUCAAAGGCCCAUCUGCAGCCGCUGAUAAGCGCACGAAAAGCUGCGUGGGAUUUCGGGUGGAUACCGGGCGCAUCCAGGGCUAACCCCCACGCAGAGUUCUAUAUUUGGGCUGAGCCUUCACAGAGCUGCUAUUGCAUCAGGGUGCUCGAAUGCCGUUCAAAUUGCUGCCCCAGUACGGCCCGGCGUCACUUGUUGCGUUGUUCGUGGACUGGCGUGAGAAUCUGAAGAAGGAGAUACGAGCCAAUGUGCUGGCCGCCAGGAUGGGCAAGUACCGGAUGAUCCACCACAAGUAUCAUCGCAUUCCCAUCGAGUGCUGUCCGCGGUGCAAGUCGACGGCUGUGAGGUUGGAAAUUCGCACCAGUCGCUCGCAGUGGAAGAAACUGAAGAAGAAUUUGGUUGAAUUAUGCUUCUGUCGACCAUACAUUCCAGCGGGCAUGUACAAGCAGGGACACAUUUGCCGAUCCUGUGGCUGGAUGGAUGUCAUAAAGAUAUGUUAAAGGAAUAGAAGAAAAAAACACACAUAUUAUAUACCUAUCUAUAUACCCAUUAUGUACUCACAAACAAAUAUUGAAUUACGAUCAAAUAUUAUUCCGAGUUCUUCAAACUUA